UUCGUUACCACCAUUGUAGGCUAGAGACGUAAAAUAGAGAGGCAGCGAGGGAAAAGAGGUUUUUAAACAUUAUUUGACACAGGUGAUCUUCAUUCGAUAUGGCUCGUACUAAGCAGACCGCCCGUAAAUCCACUGGAGGAAAAGCUCCACGCAAGCAGCUGGCUACGAAAGCGGCUCGUAAGAGUGCCCCCUCUACUGGUGGGGUGAAGAAACCCCAUCGCUACAGGCCUGGUACCGUGGCCCUGCGUGAGAUCCGUCGGUACCAGAAGUCCACCGAGCUGUUGAUCCGGAAGCUUCCGUUCCAGCGCCUGGUCAGAGAGAUCGCUCAGGACUUCAAAACCGAUCUGCGCUUCCAGAGCGCAGCUAUUGGAGCCCUGCAGGAGGCCAGUGAGGCGUACCUGGUGGGUCUUUUUGAGGACACCAACCUGUGUGCCAUCCAUGCCAAGCGUGUCACCAUCAUGCCCAAAGACAUCCAGCUGGCACGCCGCAUCCGUGGGGAACGCGCAUAGAUGCCUCCCUGUUUCUCUCUUCUUCUCUCUUUUCCUGCGCGCCCCUCCCCUCCUCCUCUACUCCCUCCUCCUCCACUCCCUCCUCCUCUACUCCUCUACUCCCUCCUCCUCCGUUGGUAGUUUUUAGAACAUCAGUGGUUAUGAUGAGGAUUUGAUGUGUAGUCGUGUUUCUCUCUCUCUCUCUCUCUCUCUCUCUCUCUCUGUCCUUGGCAGCAGACUUUUAGGGUACUACUUUGUGCAUGUCCCAAUUUGUUGCUGAUCAUAUGAACACACACACACACACACACACACUGAUAGACUCACAUUUUCUGGCUCCUCGCCUGAUUACAGAGUUAGGCUGUCAUGACAUGUCAGGAGUCUUUUCGGGAGACGGAGCGAGUGAAAGCAUUAUGCAGUGUGUGUGUGUGUGUGUUUUGGGUGAGGGGUCGGGGUUGGUCUGCAGAUGGAGAUGUCUUCCUCCUGUGCAGGGUGCUACAACUACAACCACCGCCCCUCCCUCUGCCUCUGUGUCCCACAGUGACACAUGACACAGCUCUCCUGUGCCCGCUCACGGGAGAGAUGCUCCCCACAAGUCUGUGUGUGAGCGAGCGAGCGAGCGUGUGUGUGUGUGUGUGUGUGUGUGUGCGAGCGUGUGUG